AUGCCUUCCAACAAGCCCGUUGUCUUACACCUGGGCGAUCCAGUCAAAUUCAACACCGACCUCUACACCCAGCUGCAAGAGAAGUUCACAGUCAUCCGCCCGUCUGUUGAGGAAAGACAACGCGAACCAUUUCUCCAGGCCCUGCGAGACCGGAAAUGGGGCGACAUUGCGGGUGUCAUGAAACCGUUCUGGGGUACCGGAGGUGAGAUGGGCCGCUGGGACAAGGAACUCAUCCCCCUCCUGCCCGAGUCCUUCAAGGUCUACGCCGCAGCCGGCGCCGGCUUCGACUGGGCCGAUGUCGACAUUAUGGCGGCGCGCGGCAUCCUCUACUGCAACGGCGCCUCUGCAUCGUCAGAGGCAGUCGCCGAUAUGGCCCUCUACCACAUCAUCUCCGUCUUCCGCAAUAUGCAGUGGAGCAACAUGGCAGCGCGGUCCGGCAACGCCGAAACCUUCCUCCACGCCCACCACAACACGCAGGCCGAGGCGCACAAUCCUGCUGGUCAGACCUUGGGCAUUGUUGGACUUGGCAAUAUCGGCUACACGAUUGCCAAGAAAACCCAUGCUGCUUUUGGCAUGAAGAUUGUCUAUUACGACCCUUUUCCCAAGUCUGCCGAGCAGGAGGCUGCAGUUGGGGCAACCCGUUGCUCGACGCUCGAUGAAAUGCUUGGACAAGCCGAUUGUGUCGUGCUGGCUGCUCCAGGACAAGGCGGCAAGAAGAUUAUUGAUCGUGAAGCAUUCACAAAGAUGAAGAAGGGUUCGCGUUUGGUCAACGUCGCGCGUGGUACGCUUGUGGAUGAGGAUGCUCUGGUCGAAGCCCUCGAGUCACGACACCUGUUUGCUGUUGGUCUGGACGUGUACGAGAAGGAGCCGACACCGCGCCCGAAAUUGCUUGAAAAUCGUUAUGCGACACUUACGUGCCACACUGCCGGUGGUGCGAUGGAGACAAUGAUGGGUUUCGAGGAGCUAUCUAUGCGUAACGUCAUGGCGGUGUUGUCUGGAGAACAACCAUUAACGCCGGUCAACAAGCACAUGAUGAAAUAG